UUUGAGCAUAACUUUGAUUAAUUCACUUUGUUAGUUGUAGAGUAUUAUAAAUAAUUGCUCCACUUUGGUAAUAGAUGCACAACGAUUGUGUAUGCUCUAUACUAUGUAAUUUUCACGUUUUUUUUUUAUUUACCAUUUUCAUACUUUUGGUUUAAUUUGUUUAAUAAACAUUGAAGAAUCAACAACUAUUGAUACAGCCAAAACUUAAACAAAUAAAACUAAGUUGAUUGCAAUCUUUUGGACACUGCCAUAAAUUUCAGAAAGUCGGAAUUCUCAAGAACUUCGAUAGCGAUAUCAUAAAUAGCGAUAUCAUAAAUACAUAUUUAGCUUUCAUAAAACGAUUCGAAUGCGCGCACUCUUGUACAUUCAUUGCAGCCGACCACAAAGCUUUAGCUUGUUCACAUAUUUUAUAUAUUAUGAAAACUCACUCUCUUCACAAGGAAACAAACCAUGCAGAAGCAGUUGCUGUUGCAUUACCAACGCGAUCACAAGUCAAGGCAUACAAAAAACAAGCAGCAUGUCCGAUCACUCUAAGCCAUUGCUUAAGAUCCUAGUCUUGGGAGACUGCGGCGUUGGGAAAACCUCACUGAUGAAUCGCUAUGUAAACAAACACUUUACAAAUAUGUAUAAGGCAUCGAUUGGAACAGACUUUUUUAGCAAAGAGGUUGUUGUUAACAAUCGCAUGAUCACAAUGCAUGUAAGCCUGAACUUCGCUUCGCCCAUCUUUGUAUAUGUGCUGCUUUAUUGUCGCGGACUUUCUUUUAUCGAGUUUUGGGACACGGCUGGCCAGGAGCGCUUCCAGACACUAGGCGUGGCCUUCUAUCGCGGCACGGAUUGCUGCGUGCUCGUUUACGAUGUUACAUCUCCGAAGUCAUUCAAGAAUUUGAACUUGUGGCGCGACGAAUUCUUGAUACAGACCAGUCCGCGGGAUCCCGAUAGUUUUCCCUUUGUUGUGCUCGGCAAUAAAGCAGAUCUAGAUGAACAAAAUGUACCGACCCGGGUCGCUCUGCAUUGGUGUAAAAUGAACAACAUGCCCUUUUAUGAGAUCUCGGCAAAAAAUGGCAGCAAUGUGGAACAAGCGUUCGAGGAAAUAGCAAAAAUGGGAUUGGAAGCGGUAGAGGAGCAACAGAAAGUCGAAAACGAUUUUGAACCUGCCAUAGUCCUAGAGCACGAUGGUCCGCCUCAGAAAAUAUGCUGCUGCUGUUAAAAUAAUAAAUACAAUAUAAAUUCGCAGCAUAAUCCUUGCAAGUAAUAUCCCUUAUCCUGAAUCUGAAUCAAUUUUCUUAUGUAAAUUAAGUUUGAGCCACAUAUUUAUACAACAAAUAAAAAUAAAAUC